AUGGCUCCUCAGCUCAAGUAUCAUAAGCUACAGGACAAGCACGUCCUUAUCAUUGGCGGUUCAUCUGGUAUUGGCUACGCUAUUGCAGAGGCAUCCCUUGAGUCUGGUGCCGUAGUCACCAUCUCGUCCUCACGCCAGGCGAAACUGGACGCCUCCGUCUCCAGCCUACAGUCCAGUUACCCCGGCACCAAGAUUUCGGGAAUCGCUGCGGAUCUCAGUAAAACAAAUGUAGAUCAGGACUUCGAUGAUUUGUUCAAGAGUGUGACCGCCAAGUCCGGUCAGAUACACCACGUCGUUUACACAGCCGCUGAUGCGCCAGCCCUUGGACCACUGGAAGACACAACCACGGAAGGCAUACUCAAGGCUGCGCAUAUGCGCAUGGUCGCCCCAAUUAUGCUGGGGAAGAUUGCCCCACGAUACCUGGAGAAGAAGUCGCAAUCAUCAAUCACCAUCACCACAGGCUCAACCGCCGAGCGGCCCGACAAGGGCUGGGCGGUGAUCACGUACUUCGCGGCGGGGCUCCACGGUCUGACCAAGGCGCUGGCAACAGAUCUGGCGCCCGUGAGAGUGAACUGCGUUGCGCCGGGUUACGUGGAUACGGCCCUCUGGGACGGCAUGGGCCAAGAGGCCAAGCGGAAGCUGCUCGAUAAGCUCGGCGGGGAGAUGCUGCUGGGGCAGGUGGGUAAGCCCGAAGAUGUUGCGGAGGCAUAUCUCUGGCUGAUGAAGGACGCCAAUGUCACGGGAACUGUGGCCAGCACGAACAGCGGGCAGUUACUGAAAGCCUAA